AUGGCGAAAAGAACUUUAGGACUUGGAAAUGCCGCAAGGGCCAAGAAGCAGAAACUUGAACAAGAAGGAAAAUCCAAGUCUCCUACGCCAUCGGGUUCAGAAGACACUACAAAUCAGCUUACAAUUGAGCUUCCCGAGACAGUUGAUGCAAAUGAUGAGAUUGCGCAAUUACGUGGAUUAUACAAGACAUAUAUAGACUCUGAACGUGAUAGUGACUUGAUACUCAAUGGGAUAAUUCACGAAUGUGAUCGGUUACUCAGAGAGAAAGUAGCAAAUAGUAGUGGUUCAAAGGAGGACCAAGUUAGUGCAGAGCUUCCAGCCAUGUUUUACAAAAUAUAUGCAAUUGCGUUAUCGGAACUGGCAAACUUUCAUACUGACGAUAUAGAUCAAGUAUCUGAAUUCUUCGACGCAAGUCUUGAGCGAGUUAAUGAUGGGUUGGAAAAAUAUCCCACUGAUAUUGAUUUGGUGUUCACCAAGGCCAAGAUAUUGAUCAAUCAGAUAGUUUUGCAAUAUGUUUCGCAACUAAAAUUGGAGUCAAGCGUGGAAGAAGCACAUAUCAAAAAUAUGGAUAUUAAAGGUAAGUUGGAUGCAGCAUUAAGAGUGUACGAGUCUGCUGAGAAAAAGGCCAAGGAGUCGGAAGACUAUCUGGCAUUUAAUAGCGAAGAGUAUUGGGAUAUCUUGGAGGCAGUUGAUGACUUGUUGGAUAUAGUGGAUAAUUUUGGAAGACAGGAAGAAGAAGAGGAAGAGGAGGAAGAGGAGGAAGAGGAGGAAGAAAAAGAAGAUCAUGCUAAGAAGGGGGGUGAAUUAACCGAGCUUGACGUAGCUGAUGCAGAAGCAUUUGCCGCUGCACAAGAAAAAAUUGAAGGUGAAGAAAAGGGCAGCGAAACCAGUGAUAAUGAUGAUGAAGAAGAAGAAGAAGAAGAAGAUAAUGAUGAAGAAGAAGAUAAUGACGAAGAAGAUGAAGAAGAAGAAGAGGAGAUUGAAUUACCGGAAUCACACCCCUUAUAUAUAAUUAAAACUACAGACGAGUACAAUCAAUGGUGGAGAGACCACACGCUCACUUAUUUGUCGAAUUUGAAGCAACUUUCCAAUGCUUCGCCAAGACUCCUUCGCGAAGUUAAUCAUCGUUUGGGCCAGUCCUAUUUACAGGAAGCUGAGGUCCCAAGUAGUGUUUUUACUACUUUGAGAUAUGACGAAGACUAUUCUGGCAUUGAAGAAUUAGAAGGAUUAUCUGAAGAUGAUGCCAAGCGUGUAGCCCAGGAAUUGAUCAUCAAGGCUUUAGAAUACCUCAAAGCUGCUGAGGAUAAGGAUGAGCCUGAGAGUUGGGUGAAUAUUGCCGAGGCAAUGAUUAGUUUGGCUAAUCUUUAUGAAGUUGAGAGCAAAGAACAAGAGCAGUUGUACCAAGAUGCCGAGAAGAUCUUGACCAAGGCCAAUAAUGCGACAAAUGGAAAAUAUCAGGAUGCUUUAGAUAACUUAUUGGGAUAA